AUGGCCGCAACCAAAAUCCCCCCAAACCACAUCUACCAAUACUCCCUAGUCAACGCCCUCAUGGCCGGCGUAUCCUCAUCCGGCAUCACCACCACCACCCUCCUCCAAAAGGGCAACCACGGCCUGGGCACUUUCGUCCGCAUGGACGGCGAGCUCCUGCUCCUCGAUGACACGGUCUACCAACUCCAAUCACACGGCAAGAUCCGGAAGGCCUCGCCGGACGACCAGAUCCCCUACGCCGUUGCGACACAUUUUGUGCCCGAACACACCCUGCAUGUGAAGCUAGAGCACAAGGAUUCCGUGGACAAGGUACUAGCAGAAGUGAACCCAAACGCGGAGAAUUUGUUCAUGGCAUACCGCAUCACCGGCAAAUUCAGCCACAACAAAUGCCGCACUGUCAAGGGCCAGGAGUACGACAAUCAGCCGCUCUCGGAACUAGGCAAGACGCAAUUCAUGGCUGAGUAUACCGACGUGGAAGGCACGGUGGUUGGUUUCCGGAGUCCGAAGGCAUGGCAGGGGUUCUUUGUGGCGGGGGAGCAUCUGCAUUUCAUCAGUCAUGAUAGGACGUUCGGGGGACAUGUGUUGGAGCUGGAGGCGACGGAGGAGGUCAAGUUUGAGGUGGGCACGAUUAGUAAUGUGCAUAUUGAGCUGCCGACGAGUAAGGCGUUUAACGAGGCGGAGAUGGUCACUGAUGAUGCGGGUUUGAAGAGUGUCGAGGGCUGA